AUGUACUUGGUCUACGGCGCGAUGAUUGUCGUUAUUGCUGAUAAUGAGAAGAAGGCUAUUCAUAUCCGUUCCGAAACGAAUACCGCAUCGCCAAAAAAAGACCACAACGAAAAGGCCAGAAAUCAAGGGCCCGCACUGCAAGGAAUCAGUGUCCGUUCCAUCUCAAGUGCUCGUGUCAGAGACUCUACUGACCCAUCUGUAGGUGCAAUCAUCGAGGCGAGAUUAGCAGAAGAAUUCAAGACCCAAAUGCUACUAUUCCAUAGCAUUGCUCAAGCCAGGCUCUCAGCAGAUCUCAUCUACCAGGGAAUCCAGCAACUUCUUCGACUUGAGCCACAGAAUCCCACCCCACCAAAAUCCGCGGCCGGCGACAAGAUUGCUCAGAAAACCAAAGCAAUGCGCGUUGUCGGAUCAUGGGCUUUGAAACGAUACCACAGUCCUGGGGUCACGACCAACAUCUCACAAGAGAAUAAGAGCGUUUCACAGUUGGAUUUGCCAUUUAGGGUUGGGAGGGCGUCAAAUUCUGAUGAUCAUGAGAUGGAAAUGUAG